AUGUUUCCUAUCCUCGCAAUAGCGGUGUCUGUCGUUAUCUAUGCGCCGUACAUAUAUCAGUUCAUACAACACCCCGGGGAAACCUUGCGCGAAGUCCUGGUGAAGAGUCGCGCUACUCUCAGCGCCGCUGGGUUUGGCUUGAUACGGGCUCUCACGGGCAAGGCGACACCUCCGGAGCCUACCGUAGUGACUGAGGAUACCCCAUUUCAAGACUCGGCUGUCGACCUUCCGGAUAUCAUCGAGGAGGUUCCUGAUCUUGACAGUGGCUCGUCUGCCACACUGGUAAAUGAACCUAUGCAUGAUGAAUCCGGCCCUCCCGAUGUAUCACCCCCUUUGUCUUCUGAGGCGGCUGUACACUCGCAGGAUCAAGUCCUCUUCCCGUCCGUAUGGGAGUCCGAAAAGGCCACUCCGGACGAUCAAGUCACCCAUGAAGCCCUGCGCUCGCUCUACGUCGAAAUCUGUGAAAUGGAGCUCGCCAAAUCGCGUUUCUCCUUCGCUCAGGUCGACUCUCGUAUCUGCAAUCUGGCGGAAAGCAUUCACACGACGCUCCUCGGCCCGCCAGACAUGCUCGAGCGCACGGUCCUGGCUGGUUAUGCCGUUCUGAUGACUUAUGCUAUGGCUCUGACGUUCUUGCUUAUGGCUUUCGUCUACCUCUUCCCUUCUCUCACCCGGAAGUCACGGCUGGUCCCUUGCAAGCUUGUGCGCACUCGAGCUGAACAAAUUAAACCUUCUACGCCUGCUACCACUACAGCUCCUAUGCACAUCCUAACGGCUGGUGAUGUUAUUGGUCAAGUCGCUCCUCGUGAUGCAGGAUCCGCUAUGUCUCAAGGCCGUGCAGCUGCUACAACACAUUCUAGAACCAGUUCUGGUCCGACCGCAUCCAAAUCCGAUCCUCCUUGUCAUGUACCUGUAGAAACUCAUGAUAACGCCGCUCCAGCCGCUGCCUCUGUCACUACAGAGACCGCACCAGCAACGCCUGCACCGAAAGUGCGGCUUCCUCAGGCGACUCCGCUACCUGGUUCACCGCGGUCUCCCAAGAUAAGUCAGGAGCCCGCACCCGUCACUCUUGAUUUGGAGGUCGCCUUCGAAGCGGACAAGGACUUUAGCCGCAUAUUCAACCCUGACGACCUGGUCUCACUUGGUUUACAGAGCCCUGAGAUCGUUUCUUCUGCCUCUCCUUCGUUGAAUCCUCCCGUUGCUGCUCUUGAGACUCCUAUCAGACCCAAGCAGCGGCGCUCUUCCACUGACGUCUUGUCUCGUCAGUCAGGCUCGGACUCUGCUGCUGAUGCCACUCUGAGCCCUCCGGUCAAGUUCAAGUGCGCGCCCCCUUCUCUGGAUAGGUCCCCGUUCAAAGUCCUGCAGUUCGGUGCCCAGAGUCAAGAUGAUAUUGCCGGGCUCGCGAAGACGGAUGGAGGAGAAGGGCAGUCCCUCGAAGCUCUGGAUAUCGCUACUGGGAACGCAGCACAUUAUGGCAUGCCACUUCCUUCGUCUCCUGCUAAGGGUCAACCUACUCCUCUGGCUGAAGAACCAUCUUCGGAAGCUCUGACUAUCGCUGAACCGGGUACUCCUGCCGCAAGCAAUGUCUUGACAGCUGGAGUCGCGGCUCACGAAACGCCUGUCACUGCUCCUGCUCCCCUCCUUCCUUCUGGCUGGGGCGACUCGCCUAUGACUCCCAGUUUCUCCUCCAACAGAGCUGAGUCGCUGGACCGUCCUGACGUCGAUCGGCCAGACAGCCCGCCCCGUGUUGACAGCCUCCCGCGUAUGGACGUCAAGAGGAUGGCUGCUGACUGGGACAAUCGCGCGAAGGAGGAAAGCCUUCGGUUCAAGUCGAUGAUCCCUGUUAGGAAGAGGACGAGGUGGGGCGGUGUUAUCGAGGACCUGCCCAGCCCUACUUGGCCCAUUGGCGAAAAAGCAGAAGACGAUGUACACACUUCAUCUGAACAGUCGUACGGUUCGCACAGUCGCUCCCGCAGCACUCCCGCGACGCCAAUCACCCCGGGAUUCGACUUCGCACCCCGCCUGCCGUCAUACAUCAUCCCAGCCCGCCGCAUGCCGUCCGAGUUCUCCUCGGACGACGAGGACGGCCUCGAGGGAUACUUCAUCGAGAGACAUCCGCACGGGCCAGACCCAGAGGCCGGUGUCAGCUGGCUGGGCCGGGAGGAGGUCAGGCAGAAAAUGCCCGCGAGGUUGGUGUUGUAUCCCGUCCCCGGGGAAGCUCCUCCGCCGGCUGCUGCGCCCCCACCUGCUGACGAUCGCAGGAGCAGCUGGGGUGGGUUUGUGAGGCAGGGCUGGCGGCAGAGCAGUGGUGUUUCCGCCGUAUCUAGAGAGGGGACCAACACAGAGAAUGGGGCGUUGACACCCUGCACGGAGGCGUACGGACACCCUUUUUCUCUCGCUUGA